CAAACGGUCACAAUGAAGUCUAUUCUCUCCCUAGCUGCUACCACUCUCUUUUUCGCGGCGUCCGUGUUGGCGCAUGGCGGUGGGAUUUCAAAGGUCACUAUCUUCACCGAUCAAGGUGCCAACACCAAGACUUCCGUCCUGGGAGAGUGCGUCAAGGCUGCGACGCCGGAUAUCCCCGUCCUCAUAAUCGACGUUCAGUCCGAGGGGAAGUGUACUUUCUCUAGGGAGGACCUGUGCAUCGGAGACGAGAUUACCAUGGGCGAGGGGUCGAGGACUUUCACGAAGGAGUACAAGGUGGGCAGCUAUAAGUGCGAUCUCUAG